AUGGGCCAAAAGAGACAAACCAAGUUCCAAGAUGCCAUAUCAACGACUCCAGGAACCAGCUCAGUUAAACUCGAGAAAGGAAUAGGGGUUGAUAAUGAUGAGGUAAGAAAGAGCCUUAUCGGGCCUUCAAAAUUUGUCCUGAAGAACCUUCAGGAAUACACCGUCCAUUCCAAAUAUGGCCCAGUAUAUGAGCCUUGAAGCCCACUGCCCUGCAGAAUUCCUGGCUCGAACGGGAAAAUCAAAAGCUUCACAUUAAAAGUAACAGAGUACGAUCAGGAUAAGACCUUACUGAUUAUGACCAACAACCCACCUCCCUGCCCAUUCGACCAGCAAGGAAAGAACAUCGCACCCAAAUACUUUCCCAAGGAAUUGCUGCUCAAGGAAGGUUACCAGCACAACCCCCCUGAGAACUUCUGCCUACUGAUGUCUCAGAAAAAAAAGUUAAGAUCUGAGCUGAAACCAACCUUUCCUGUGACCCUGGCUGAUCCUACAUCCAAGCAAGAACAGUGGUUUAGGUUUUCCACCUACAAUGAUUUCAAAAGUGACGAGUAUAUGAAGGUCUGUGCUUUGCAGAAACAGAAAAAAAUGUACCCUCAGCUCAACUUUGCUUCAGUCUGUGAAAGAGAUAUGAAGAAAGCUGCAGUCGCCAAGUCAGGGAGUGACAUGCCGACUUCCAAGAUGAUUUGGGAACCACUAACCCUUUCAUCGCUCCUGGAAGAGAAACCCACCACAACUGUGCCAGGAGAGAACGCCUUCCGCAGUGGAAGGGCCCCGGCAGUGGAUUAUAAAAACGCCACUGUCAUCAAGUGAAAACAAA